AGACUCACACCUAGGAUCUGAAGCCUAUUGUGCUUGCUCACUGCCCCUUCAGAGUCAGUGACCGUGGCUUCCUGUCCACAGAGUUCGACCUGGGCUGGGCUCAAGGGAUCGAUUAGAGCUUCCCCAAGACCCUGAUUGGCCUGGGCUGAGCAAAGUAAACACCAAGGUUAUCAUUUGCCUCUGGCCCCUUCUUCAGUCUCAAUUUGAAGCUUCCCCUGGCAGGGAAGUAGUCCCUGUUCCAACACCAAAUUGUGAGCUCAAAGGUUGAAGACCCAAAACCAUGAAGGGUCUCGGGACCCUGUUCCUGCUGCUGACUACCUGCCUGGCUUCGAGAGCUGAUGAUGCAGCAACAUUACCAGACAUCCAAGUUCAGGAGAACUUCAUCGAGUCCCUGAUCUAUGGAAAAUGGUUCAACCUGGCUGUGGGCUCUACUUGCCCAUGGCUGAGGCGGAUCAAGGACAAGCUGAGCAUGAGCACACUGGUCCUGCAAGAGGGAGCAACAGAAGCAGAGAUCAGCAUGACCAGCACCCGAUGGCGGAGAGGUAUCUGCGAGGAGAUCUCUGGGGCGUAUGAGAAGACAGACAUCGAUGGAAAGUUCCUUUACCACAAAUCCAAAUGGAACAUAACUUUGGAAACCUACGUGGUCCACACCAACUAUGAUGAGUAUGCCAUUUUCCUCACCAAGAAGUUCAGCCACUACCAUGGACCCACCAUCACUCUCAAGCUCUAUGGCAGAGAGCCAAAGCUGAGGGACAGCCUUCUGCUGGAGUUCAGGGAGGUGGCCCUGAGUAUGGGUAUCCCUGAGAACUCCAUUGUUUUUAUGGCUGACAAAGGGGAAUGUGUUCCUGGGGAUCAGGAGGUAAAGCCCAGUCCACAUCUGAGAGCCAGGCGGGCAGUGCUGCCCCAAGAAAAUGAGGGAUCAGGGUCUGAGCCACUGGUAACUGGGAUCCUCAAGAAAGAAGAUUCCUGCCAGCUCACCUACUCAGAAGGGCCCUGCCUAGGGAUGAUGGAGAGGUAUCACUACAAUGGCACGUCUAUGGCCUGUGAGACCUUCCAAUACGGGGGCUGCCUGGGCAAUGGUAACAACUUCAUCUCCGAGAAAGAGUGUCUGCAGACAUGCCGGACCGUAGCGGCUUGCAAUCUCCCCAUAGUUCAGGGGCCCUGCCGAGCCUAUAUUAAGCUCUGGGCAUUUGAUGCGGCACAAGGGAAGUGCAUCCAAUUCACCUAUGGGGGUUGCAAAGGCAACGGCAACAAGUUCUACUCUGAAAAGGAGUGCAAGGAAUACUGCGGAGUCCCCGGUGAUGGCCAAGGACCCAUCCUGAGUCACUCUGUAUCCACAGGGGAUAAGACCAACUGAAGGUGCCAGUCUGCAAGCCAGAAGGUAGCCACUGUCUGUCCCAGUACGGUCUGGCUCAGAUGAUCUAGACCCAAAUAAAACAAGCUAUCAACGCCUGGCA